AUGUUUUAUUUAUUGAUAAACUUAAUUUAGUUGGCUAAUUCAGAAUGGCAACUAAUAUACAGUGACUUUUAUGAAGAAAAAAUAGUAACAAAUUUAAAUUGGAAAUCGUUAGAAAGUUGCUCAAUUUUAAGUUCAUAAUCAACAUCAACUAGAUAAUGUAUGAAAAAUAGCUUAGAGUUUAUAAGAUUGAAUGAAAUUAUAAGAGGAGUUGAAAAAGAAUUUUAUUAUCCUCACUAUUAAAUUCGAAUAAUCACAGAUGUCAUAUAUAUUUAUGCAAAAUCGGGAGUUAAUACUGUAUUUUAAAUACAAUUAAUUGAUUUUUCAGGAUUGUUAGUGAUUUUUUAAAGACUUUAUUAAGAAAAUAUUUUAUAAAAAUACGAUAAAGUUUGUUAGUUUGAUUGUGGGCCAGGUUGUAAUAGUAUAGAUAAGACUAGAAUGGAAAUCAAGACGCAAAUUAUUGAUGCAAUAAACCAUUAAAUUCCGAGCUUUAAAAUUACUUAUUGUUUUUAACCUCAAGAUAAUUUAAUGCGCCUUGGUUUAAGAAACAUUUUAAUUUAUGCUAAUUCAUGCCAUAUAUCAUGUGCUUCAUGCAAUGGAAGCACAAAAUCUGAUUGCCUAACUUGUUACUAAGGAUCACCAUAAGGAGGUAUUUGUGUUUGUGAUGAAUCAAAUAAAUUUACACAUAAAUUGAUUGGUUGCGUAUAAGAAUGUCCGAGGGAUUAUUAUCUAGCAGAUAACUUAAAUUACUGUUAAUUUAACCCAAGUAUUUUAAUUAUUUAUAUUAGGAAUUAAAUCAAUGUAUAAUUACUUUACUUAAUCCACAUUUAGUAAUGGAAAUUAAAUACCAUAUGAGCCAUGGAUAUAUUAUCCUGAUCCAUUUCAUAUUAGUAAUUCAAAUAAUAUAUUUGUUUGCUCCGGGCAGGAUUAAGUUGGAAAAUUUAGUUAUUCUUAAUCUAUGCAAUUGAGAUUGCCAGAAAAUUAAGGUCUUGCCUUUUUAAGAAUCAGAGUAUCCUUUUACUUUUUUGGAUGGUAGUCAGAUUCUGUGUUAAAAAUAACAGUAGAUUAAUAUUCUUAAAUGAGAAUAGAGAAAACUCUGAGCAAUUACACCAUAUUCAAUGGAAGGCUAAAUAAAUUUGAUAGCUUAAGUUGUUCAUCUAACAAUUAUGAUUUUUUGAGAAUUGAAGCAGUUUUAAAAACCUAUACAGCAACUCCAAUUAUUUAAUUUUAGGCUAUUUAAAAGCUUGAUAGUGAAUUUUGGAGUUUUAAUAAUGUGACCAUUGAUUAUGGGUUAUGUUAAAGUAAUUGUACAAAAUGUGAAACUUAUUCUAAAUGCUUAAUUUGCGAAUCAAAUUUUAAAUUAUAUAGGGGAAUGUGUGUGGAAUCAUGUCCUAUGCACUCAUAAUUAAAUAAUGAUAAUUGCUUGGAUUAUGAAGACCUUAUAAAUAGUAAAAUAUUCUUAAUAUAUUAGAUAGUAGAUAUUUAAUAAAAGCAUUUUAUGAUAUGAACACUACUUUUGAAGAAGUUACUAAGGUUGUUGAUAAUUUCACACAUUUAAAUGACAAUAUUUAAACAUCAUUUACAGGAGCAAUUUAUUCUUUUGUUCCUGAAAAAUCAGUUUUAGGGGGAGUUUUAGUAUGGAGACAAGGAAAAUUUAAAAAAACAUUUCAAAAUCUACAACCACACUAUAAAGUGAGCAUUAGAAUGAAUAUUACAUAUGGAGAUGAAAAUAAUGGUUGGUUUAAAUAUGAACUAGAUUCAUAUUAAUCUAAUUAAAUUGAUAAUCCAAAAACAGGAAAUAUUAACUUAGUUGGAGACAAUUAAAAAGAGACAACUGUUUUUGUAGAAUAUUAAUAUUCUCAUAAUUAAAAUUAAUUAGAUAUUGUAUUAUCAGCUGAUACUGAAAAAUCGUCACUGGAAGAUGCAUUUAUAUAUGUUUCAGAAUAUUUUGUAAUAGUUCAUUAUGUAUGAAUUAUAAAUAUGUCUAGUGUGUACCUUUUUGUACUUCAUGCACAGGCCCAACAAUAUCAGAUUGUAGUAUUUAUACUGGUUAUAAUUAAACACAUUAUUGUAGUUCAAAUAUGUACCUCAAGUUUGAUAGUGAUACUUAAAUUCACACUUGCGCAGAAUGUGAUUAAUUAGGGUGUCUUGAAUGUUAAAGUGAAUUAGUUUGUUCAAGAUGUGAAUUCUCAGAUAGAAUAUAAUUCUUAUUGGAUUAAGGUUAGUGUAUAUGUUAUCCAUCUUAAUAUUUAUCAAAUGAUUAAUGUAUAAGUAAUAAUUUAUUAAAUAUUAAAGAAUGCAACCAAUAUUGUGAAAGUUGUUUUGGGUAAAAUUAUGAUUAAUGUUAUUCUUGUAAUUCAGAUUUCCAUAGAGCUAUAAAGGAAUUUAAAUGUUAAUGUUUAGAUGGGUUUUAUGAUGAUGGGUAUAAUCUAGAGUGCAUUCCAAUAUGUGGAGACUAAAAGAUUGUAGAUGGUGAAGAUUGUGAUGAUGGUAAUAGCAAUCCAUUUGAUGGGUGCGAUUUAUGUAGAUAUUAAUGUUAAGAUGCAUGUUUGAAUUGUCUUAAUGGUAAAUGUUAUUAAUGUAAACAUGGAUAUACUUAUCAUUAAACUACUUACUAAUGUUUAACAACAUGUGGAGAUUAGAUUAUUUAAGGAAAUGAAUAAUGUGAUGAUGCCAAUAAUGAUGUUUAAGAUGGAUGUUAUUUAUGUAAUUUAUAAUGCGAUGUUCAUUGCAUCAAUUGUUAAAAUGGCCAUUGUUUUAAAUGUGAUGAACUUAAUGGAUGGUAUUUUGAUGGUUCCAAUAAUUGUCAUAAUAUUUGUGGAGAUGGAAUUAUUACUAAAGAUUAAGAGUAAUGUGAUGAUAAUAAUUAGAAUCCAUUUGAUUUAUGCAAUAAUUGUCUAUUAGGAUGUUCAGAUCAUUGUAUUAUUUGUGAGAAUGGUCUAUGUUUAUAAUGUGAAGUAGGAUUUAAAUUUUUACAUUAAACUUAAUAAUGUUUACCUAUUUGUGGGGAUUCUAUCAUAGUUGGCUAUGAAUAAUGUGAAGAUGAAUAUUCAUAAAUCAUUAAUUCAUGUCACCAAUGUAAAUUAAAAUGCAAUAGUAAAUGUUUGAUUUGUGAAUAUCAUAUAUGUCUCUAAUGUGAAUUUGGAUAUUUAUUAAGAAACAAUAUGUGUGAACAACAUUGUGGAGAUGGUAUAAAAGUAGGUGAUGAGGAAUGUGAAAACAAAUAAAUUUCUUAAUAAUUAGUCUCUUUAGGAUGUUUAAAUUGUAAAUAAGAUUGUGGAAGUGGAUGUAUAAUCUGUACUAAAGGAAUUUGUGAACUUUGUAAAUCAGGAUACAUUAGACUAUAAUAUGAAUGUAAACCUAUUUGUGGAGAUAUGAUUAUUGUUGAUCCAGAAGUAUGCGAAGAUGCUAAUAUGGAACCAUAUGAUGGAUGUCAUCUUUGCUAGUAUUCUUGUGUCCCUUAAUGUUUAAUAUGUUAAUUAGGAGUAUGCCUUGAAAUGUAAUAACCAAAUAUUGUUGAUAUUAAUCCUAAUGAAACUGUAUUUGCUUGCUCUGAUUAUUGUCUUUAAUGUUAAAAUUAGAAUAUUUGCAUUUAAUGUGAUUAAUAUUUUCAAUUAAGUAAUUCCUAUUGUGUUCCUAUAUGUGGAGAUGGUUUCAUAAUUACUGGUCUUGAACAAUGUGAAGAUGGCAAUGAUAUACAAUUUGAUGGUUGCUAUUAAUGUUAAUUUUAAUGCUCAUAUGGAUGUAUUGAAUGCGAAUAAUUAAAUAAAUGUAUAAAAUGUGAAGACCAUUUAUUCAGAUUAGAUAUAUAAACUAAUCAAUGUGUUAUUAAUGCCAAUUAAAAUGAUAUUGAUGUGUUGUAAAGUACAAUUACAUCAAAUUAUUAAUUAAAUUAAGCUAAAUGUGAUCAAAAUUACAUAUUAAUUAAUAAUAUUUGUAUUAAUUAAUGUGGAAAUGGACAAUUAAAUCCUGACUUUGAGGAAUGUGAUGAUAAUAAUUAUUAAGGAGGUGAUGGAUGUUCACAAAAUUGUAUUAUUGAAGAUUCAUAUCAAUGUUUAAAUACUGAAGGUUAAUUGAGUUUUUGUAUAUUGAUAAGUUCUCCUUAAAUCAUUUUAAAUUUACUCUCAGAAAAAAAAAAUUCAACAUAAAUAGUCGAAGUUACCUUCUCUUAAUAAGUUAAAUUAAAAAAUGAUUUACUAUUUGAAGAUCUAGCUUUAUUUAGUAUUACACCUCUAACAAAUUAUGGAUUAUUUAUUUAACCAAUAAAUAAUAUAUCAACCAUCCUUAGUUAUCCUAUCUAUCAUAUUACUAUCAUAUUUAUGGAACCUGUUUAAGAUCCUGUAUUAGAUAUUAAAAUAGAUUAGUAAACUAUUUAAAAUGAAUUUGAUGUAAACUUAUAAAAAUAUGAAAUGAAAAUUAAUCUAGGAAAUCCUUUUAUCUUAUCAGAAGAAACUUAAAAUAAAUUAUAAUCUGUUAUCAAGAUGAAUGAAGCCGCUAUGUAUUCUAUGACAGGAAUCUCAAGCUUAGCUAUUAUUACAGGAAAUACUAUUAUGUUUGUUAACCUAUUAGAUUUAUUAUAAUCAUUGUCUUAUUUAAGAUAUAUGUAAUAUUAAUUUCCAUCUCAUUUAAUAGAAUUUUUGGAUACCUAUACUAAGGUUUCACUCCAACCAAUCUUAGAUUAAUUAAAGAUUAAUGA